UAAGCCUCAGUGAAGGAGAGUGGAAGGACAGUGCCAUUCCCAGCUUCUCUUGCCACAAUGGCUCUGCCUCUGAGGUUCUUGAGUAGGGGUUUGGCCAGCACAGCCAAGGGAGACCACGGAGGGGCAGGAGCCAGCACCUGGCGCCUCCUGACCUUCGUGCUGGCGCUCCCCAGUGUGGCUCUGUGCACCGUCAACUGCUGGCUGCACGCAGGCCACCGCGAGCGCCCAGAGUUCAUCCCCUACCACCACCUCCGCAUUCGCACCAAGCCCUUCGCCUGGGGGGACGGCAACCACACUCUUUUCCACAAUCCCCACUUCAACCCUCUGCCCACGGGCUACGAAGACUGAAGCCCCAGCGGACAAUCCCAAGCACAAUAAAGUGAUAGCCCUGGAGUCUUCUGCAUCUUUCCCACCAACUUCCAACUCCAUGCACACCAGGAAGGACAGACAUGAAUAUGUCCCAGCUCUUACGCGGUAUCGAUGUUCUGCCUCUUUCCUGCUGCUCUCAUCAGAAAUAGAAAAGCUGAAGUACUUGGUGGAUUCUUCCUGUCUGGAGAGAAAGGGCCUGUUGGUGAAAAAACAGCCCUACCCUCAUCCCCAGUUGUGCCCUAGAUUGCUGCAGAGAGCAAUGUUGGGCCCAGAAAGUGACCUAGGCAAACACUAAGGUCCCACAUACCUCUGCAGCUCAGCUUCAGCUUAGUCCCCCCCUCACUGCCUUUUGCCUCUGUCACCCAAAACUACCAGCUCUUCCCUUGAUACCUGUGGCUCUUUCACAUCCCCAUGACUUUGCACAAGUUCUUUCUUCGACCUGGAAUGUCCUUACCCACUCCUCUUCUGGAAAUUUUCAUUUAAACGCUCAAUUUGAACAUCACCUCUCAGAAUAUCUAAAAUUUUUCCUAUAGGAAAAAGGCAUUCACAUUGCUUUCUCUAGUAGAUACAGGACUGGCCUCAGAUGAUGCUUGCAGAGGCUGCUGCCAGAACAAAUAACCCUAAGGGGAAUCCAGGGAGUGACAGCUGAAGAAAAAGCGAAAUAAUGGCUCCUCUGUGAUGGCAAUGAAGAAGAUAAAUGUGGUCAUCUUGGGGAAGGAUAGUAAAUGUGAAGGAAGAUAGUAAGUGAACUUAAGCCUACAAAAGAGACAUAAGUGUUUCAGGCUACAGGAGGAUUUCCAUCCAUCUAUCCAUCCAUCCAUCCCUCCACUUAUGGCUUCUUUCAGAAAAUAUUUACCAUAUACCAGGCUAUGUGGAUGGCCAUGGAGAUUCAACAGUUAAUCCACAAUCUCUGCCUUCUCAGAGCUUUAAGAUCUCAGUAGAAUCAAACAGUCAAGAAUAAAGACCUGCACUUUUCCCUAGCACCCAGAGCACAAAAGCCAAACCAGCUACACAGAAACUUUGUGGGCCCCAGCAAUUUUCCCAUUAUUACUUGCUAAGUAAGAACACAGGAACUGGGGUUGUAGUCUAGAGUAGAGCAAUUGCUUAGCAUGUGCAAGGCCCUGAAUCCUAUCCUCAGAACACAGAGAAGCUGCCUGAGUUCACAUCUCAAAUUAGCACUUCCUACUCAAGUAACUUGAGGUAAGCAACUUAGCCUCUCUGGAGACCUAUAGUUUUUUUUCCUCCUUAAAAUAGGGGUGCUUAUAAUAUUGCCUACUUGUAGCAGACUUGUGAUGGGGGUUAUAGCAGCACCUAGCACCUGUGAGUCCUCCAUAACUGUUAGCAUUUACUUUUCUCUCAUUGUGCUAGCCUUUCUCUUUGCUCCCCUGCCUCCUAUGCUUUAGUUUUCUUAUUUUAAAUUUUCUUGUUCUAAACUUCUUUUUUUAAAUUUAAGCAAAUCAUCCGACUUUCCUGAGUUUUCAGAGAAGCAUAUAGCAUAUGGCCAUGGACACAGGCCCUGGAAUCAAACCAYCUGGGCUCCCUAACUUGUAUUAGCCUUCAAGAGCAAAAAACCUGUCUCCCAGGGUAACCUUGUAAGGCAUCCAAUAUGAUUUACCUGGUGAAUGAUGGGAUCAAGUUAUUUAACCUCUUAAUUUUUCAUUGAUAAAAUGGAGAUAACAAUACAAUUAUUGGGAGGAUUAAAUGAAUAUAAAAACAAUGCAAAAAACCCACAAUGAUAACAAACAAAAUGUUUGUCAUAGUAUAUAUAACUGUAAACUUUUAUCAUAAGUAUUUUACUGUGGAUAAAAGAGGAAACUGACAAAUGUGGUUCAUGAGUCCUAGAUGGACAAUAAUAACACUGCUUGAUCCCCUUCCCUAGUUCCUCUAUAAAUUUAACAGCAACAGCAGCAAGCUCUGUCCCAUGUCACUAUUAUAAGCUUCUUAGGCACUUUAACCCUCUGGAGUACAAUUCAGUGUGUGGAGUCCCUCACUUUGCUUCCAGCCUGGCUGGCCCCAGCUCCUUCACCCAUCUUCAGAACCCAUAGCUAUGGCCCUACAUUUGCCUCUCCUGUGGCCUUCCUUGGCUUUGAGCUUUUAGAGACCUUCCCAACAGUUUCUCACACCUCUACCCUCCUCUCAGUUUUGUAGAAACCUGACCUUUCCUUUCCUCUAUGUGGUGACAGACCAUAUCCUGUUGGUUACCCAAUUCAGAGUGCUUAUAGUGGUCUCAAUCUAGUAGCUUUACUUUAGCAUGUUCAUGUUUGGCCCAAAGGAAAGGAUUGCCUUCAUGUUAAAAGAAGCCUGAAUUUUUGAGGGAGAGGAGAAAAUGGACAGUGUUGAUAAGGCGUAUGUGUGUCCCACCAGCGGGCCAGUUCAUCAGAGAAGAAGCAAGAAUUUGUGUGGCCCAUCAUGUUGUACUAUAAACAUGGCUGGCCACCCACACAAUCAUUCUCAUAGGAGAAAUCAGAGGACAUAAUUUAGGUACUGCUGUAACUUAGAUAUGAUUUGAGUUCAUGCUACAAGAGUUCAUGUGUUGGGUCCUUGGGCCUCAGUGUAGCAAUGUUGAGAUGUGUUGGGACCUUUAAGAGGCAGGUCCCAGUGAGAUGUUGUAAGAUCGGCCCCUCCCCCUUGCUUAAGCUUCCUAUCUCAUCCUGCCAUCUCCUCCUCUGGCACACUUUUUGGUGUUAUCUGCCACAAUGUAGUCAAGGGGGGUCCUCACCAGAACUGUCAGUACGCUGUUUGGACAAUCAGCAUCUGAAACUAUGAGCUAAAUAAACCUCUGGUCUAUAUAAG